AUGUCGAGUUUGUGGAGACAAGCCUCGGGGUUCCAUUAUGGUGUCCAUGCAUGUGAAGGCUGUAAGGGAUUCUUCAGGAGAACAAUCAGGUUGAAGUUAAUUUAUGAACGAUGUGAACUCAAUUGUCGCAUUCACAAGAAAAGUCGCAACAAAUGUCAGUACUGCAGGUUUCAGAAAUGUCUGGCUGUUGGGAUGUCUCAUAAUGCUAUCAGGUUUGGACGGAUGCCUCAGGCUGAGAAGGAGAAGCUCUUGGCUGAGAUUUCCAGUGACAUCGACCAGCUGAAUCCGGAGAACGCCGAUCAACGGGUCUUGGCCAAGCACUUGUAUGACUCAUAUCUCAAGUCCUUCCCUUUAACAAAAGCCAAGGCAAGGGCCAUCUUAACAGGAAGGACAACGGACAAAUCACCUGUGGUAAUAUAUGAUAUGAAUUCUCUGAUGAUGGGAGAGGAUCAAAUCAAAUACCAAUACUCCCUGUCGCCCUAUAUGGAGCAAAAUAAGGAGGUUGCCAUUCGCAUUUUCCAGAGGUGUCAGUCUCGUUCUGUGGAAGCUGUGCGGGAGAUCACUGAAUUCGCCAAAAGCAUUCCGGGGUUUAUCAACCUAGAUCUGAACGAUCAAGUAACUCUCUUGAAGUAUGGCGUCCAUGAGAUCAUAUUUACAAUGUUGGCCUCUCUCAUGAAUAAAGAUGGCGUUCUCAUUGCUGAUGGACAAGGCUUCAUGACUCGGGAGUUUCUCAAGAGCUUAAGGAAACCUUUUUCUGGUUUUAUGGAACCGAAGUUUGAAUUUGCUAUUAGGUUUAAUGCACUAGAACUGGACGACAGUGAUCUAGCCAUCUUCAUAGCUGUCAUCAUACUUAGCGGAGAUCGUCCUGGAUUGUUGAAUGUGAAGCCCAUAGAAGACAUUCAGGACACAUUGCUACAAGCGCUAGAGCUACAACUUAAGAUAAACCAUCCAGACUCCGCCCAGCUCUUUGCUAAACUUCUCCAAAAGAUGACGGACCUUAGACAAGUGGUGACAGAGCAUGUUCAGCAAUUGCAGGUUAUAAGGAAAACUGAGGCCGAGAUGAGCCUUCAUCCACUAUUGCAAGAAAUCUACAAGGACUUGUACUGA